GCUGCUUCCGUCUGGUAGGGUGAAAGGUCGGGAGUGUCACUGUGUCCUUUUCGCUACACACGUGGGUCUCUCUGUGCUGCACCAUGCUCUCCUCGUUAUCUCGGUCCCUAAUUUCCGCUGCGCGGAUUGCGGUAACCCGAUCUCCAACUGUGCUAGGUUCCCUGGGCCCUGCACGCUCCUUAACUAGAUCUAUAUGGAUGGUCAGGGGGGCAGGUUCUCAUCUUAAGCCGACUUUCCUUUACCCUCAUCGGGGCUUCCCUGCUGUGUCGUGCGGCUGUGGGGGUCUGCACACUGAAGGAGACAAAGCGUUUGCAGAGUUUCUAAAUGAUGAGCUCAAAGAAGAGAGAAAAAUUCAGAAACACAAAGCCCUUCCUAAAGUUACAGGAGGAUGGGAGCUAGAGAUUCAUGGCACAGAAGCCAAACUUGUGAAGAAAAUUUCUGGAGAAAAGAUUACAGUAACAUUCAACACAAACAACAGCAUUCCACCUACGUAUGACGAGGAACCACAAGAAGGUCAGAAAGCAGAAGAGAAUGAGCCUGAGCUUGUGUCUACACCAAACUUUGUUGUAGAAGUUACAAAAGUGGAUACAAAUCAGACAUUGGUGCUUGACUGUCACUAUCCUGAAGAUGAGAUUGGGCGUGGAGGAGAAGAAGAAGAAAGCGAUAUUUUCUCGAUACGUGAGGUCAGCUUUCAACCUACUGGGGAAACGGAUUGGAAGGAAAACAGCUACACUCUCAGCACAGAUUCACUUGAUUGGGCCCUGUAUGACCAUUUGAUGGAUUUUCUGGCGGAUCGUGGCGUGGAUAACACGUUUGCAGAUGAGCUUGUGGAGCUAAGCACUGCUUUGGAACAUCAAGAAUACAUCCACUUCCUGGAGAAUCUGAAAAGUUUUGUUAAGUGUUAAUAGGUUAUUUAAAAGAGAACACUUUUUUGUUUUUCUUUUAGUUUACAAAAUGGGGCAGCUUUUUAUCACAAUUCUGUUUUGCUUGUGCUCUGACUUUGCAUACCUCUGAAUUUCAGGAUGGUAUUUGAAAUCUAUUCCAGUCAUUAUGCACAAACUAGAGACUGAAAAAAAACAAAUUGUUACCUGAUGGUAUUUUAGAAACGCCAAAUGUGUUUCAUAGGUAACUAAAAGCAUCCAUGAAAGCAGCCUAGAAAAUCCAUUUAAUAGUUUAAGCCUAACCAGAACUGUUUAUUUAAAUAUGCCGUAUAGAUAUUUUCCAACUAAACUAUAAUCAGACCAACAUUUGUGUAUUUUUCUCUCAUAAAGCUUUGCACACUUUAUGUACGAAUCCCUAAAAAUGGACAUAUUAAAUUCUUGUCUAAAAGA